AUAUUGAUAUCAAAAGGUACCAAACUUUUUGUGUUUUUGGUCUUGCAGGCACGGGAUGUGCGCACCAACGAAGUGGUGGCCAUCAAGAAAAUGUCUUACAGUGGGAAGCAAUCAAACGAGAAAUGGCAGGAUAUCAUUAAGGAAGUGAAGUUCCUCCAACGGAUUAAACAUCCAAACAGUAUAGAGUACAAAGGCUGCUACCUGCGGGAUCAUACAGCAUGGCUUGUUAUGGAAUAUUGUUUAGGAUCAGCUUCAGAUUUACUAGAAGUUCAUAAAAAGCCGUUGCAAGAAGUGGAAAUUGCUGCCAUCACCCAUGGUGCUCUCCGAGGAUUGGCCUACUUGCAUUCCCACAACCUGAUCCAUCGGGACAUCAAGGCAGGGAACAUUCUACUGACGGAACCCGGGCAGGUGAAGCUGGCUGAUUUUGGGUCGGCCUCCAUCGCUUCCCCUGCCAAUUCAUUUGUGGGGACCCCCUACUG